AUGCCAAAGCUAGACAAGAUGAGCAAUGAUGAGCUAAUAACCAUUAGCAAAAAGAUGUUCUAUGGUGGGUUUGCCUUUCUCCCUUUCCUCUGGCUGGUAAAUGUCAUGUACUUUUUCACCAUGUGUCGCAAAUCAACAGCUCCACCUGCCCUUCGAAAGUAUGUGCUCAUGUCACUGGCUGGCUGUAUUCUGUCGUUUAUUGCUCUGACUACCUGGUAUGCUGUAUUUGUAAAUAAGCGAGUACAGUGGGGACAAUCUGCAGAUACAAUCACCGUAGUUAUACCCAAAGGAGUUUAA